UUGGCAUGGGGCCUGACGACAAAGUGCGCGACACUCGAUCGCAGUCGAUUUCAAACGUCGCACGACCCAUUCCGACCGCAGUCGCGCGAUGCCUGGAUCGUGUGCGACAGUCAUUACAAGUUACUUUCAAGGAUUUCGUCGCAGACGGCCGCCAGUGCAAAACCAGCGACGCAAGCGACGCAGCCGACGCCAGCAGCGGGCUGGUUCAGAUUCGCUGCCGCGACGCGCAGCGCGAUCAGAUCGUCGCAUUCUGUCGUGACCAUGCUACUACAGGCCGCGCGGGCAGCUUAUACGUUUGCGGCUGCCCGGGAACAGGAAAGACCCUGAUGCUGUCGCAGGUGGCGAAGGAGGUGUCGACGUGGACUAACGCGGCCGGCGAGCCCCUGUGUGUGCCGGUGUACGUCAACUGCAUGGCGCUCACCGACCCCGCCGACCUCUUCCCCCAGAUGGAGCGCGCCAUAGCAGCAGCAGAGGCUGCGCACCACAGCUCUCCCUCUAACCACGGCGGGCGGAAGAGCGCGCAGCGGCGAGGGGGCACAGGGAGAGCGCGGACGAGCGGGGAUGGCGAAGCGGCGAGAGAGGCCGUGCUGUCGCUGCUGCAGCAGGAGGUGCAGGAGGAGCGGGCGGAGCAAGCGGAGGGGAAUGAGCCACGGGUGAUUGAGGGCGAGGCUGCGAGGGAUGCGAUUGAGGCAGAGUCUUCAGGGGAGGACGAUGACGUGGUUGAAGUGGUGACAGGGGACGCACGGCAGGCAGAGGCUGCAGGGCAAGCAGGGGCUGCAGGGCAGGCAGGGGGCGCACGGCAGGAAGAUGAUGCAAAGAUGCGCGCUGUAGGGAAGGCGCGUGUGACGCGGGGGACAGGAGGUGGCAGAAGAGGGGAGAAGGGUGACGGAGGAGCAAGGAGAGUGCUGCGGCUGAGGGAGGGAGAGGCGGGGAAGGGGCGGGGGGCGGGAGAGCCAAUCGUGGUGAGAAGCGGUGUGGUGAUGGGGGCACGGGCAAGUGUGAUGGGAGCAGCGGUGGUGGCAAGGUCCCCUCUCGGCAUUAAAGUCAACCCCCUCGCCCUCAAAGUCAGCCCCAUGGCCCUGCGAAUGCCCUCAACGACCGCGGUCGUCAUCCACAAAGAGCGAUUCAUGGCAGCACGUUCAUCGCUCAUGUGCUGUCUGUCUCUCCCCGAACCAUGCAAUGUUCCCCUCGUAUGCGUUGCGUGCUCCCGCCCAACACUGCUGCCGUUCCCAGCAUACGAUCGCAAUCAAAUCUACGAGAUUCUCUCCCAAAGGCUCCAGACUGCCACAGGAGGGAGGCGAGUGGGAGCAGCAGCGCCUGGGGCAGCGGUGGAGGGAAGUGCACGGGAGAGCGCGAGCGCAUCGUUCUCCUUUGACCCCAUGGCGCUGCAUCUCUGCGCUCGGAAAGUGGCAGCAGCAUCAGGGGACAUGCGCAAGGCACUUGACAUCACCAGAAUGGCAGUGGAUGUGCUCGAGGCGGAGCUCAGGUCGCAGCUCAGGGAGGCACACACGGGGGAGGCACACACGGGGAAGGUAGAUGCGAGGGAGGCAGAUACGAGGGAGGCCCUGCCUUCCGCAGGCUCACCUGCUGUCAGCGCUGCUGGGGCGGCAGGGGACGGCAGGAGCGGCAAGCGGGCGGCAGAGAGGGAGGCAGACGGGCAGGUGACGGGCAAGAGGCAGCGAGGAGAGGCGGUGGGGGUGCAGCGAGGGGAAGCGGUGUCCCUGCAUGUGCAGCUGGAGGUGCAUCACAUGGCGCAGGCCCUCUCUCGCUCCUUUGCCUCCUCCACCGUCGAUUGCAUCCGCUCCCUGCCACUGCACCAGCAGAUGGUGCUAGUGGCGUGUGUGCAGCAGCACCAGCAGCACAGGGCACGGCAUCGCUUCAUCACCAAGGCCAAGCCUCCCUCCACCGCCAACGACUUUCUCCUCUCCCAGCUGUACAGCAUGUAUGCGGGCUUGGCACGCUCACUGCAUGUGCCGGCCGUCACACUCAACGAGGUCACUGACAUGUGCGCCAUACUGCACGGCCAGGCUCUCUUGCAAGUGGUGGGAGCUGGAAGGAAUGCUGCACGCUCGCAAACCAAGUGCAAAGUGGUGCUCAAAGCCAGUGCCAGCGACGUCAUCUUUGCGCUCCAGGGCGUACGCAUAUUCAAGCAAGCCCUGAGCGACGUAGCAGCAGAUUUAGAAAUUGCUGUUUGGCUCCUAGUCGCGUCGCCCGUGUCAGCCUCGCUUCGCGUUGUCGCACGCUCAAUCGCGCGCACCGCAACAGACAGCAUGGAAGCGUCGCACGAGGCGCUUGCGAAGGGCAAGGUGAUUGGCGACGUGCUCGACGACUUCGUACCGUCGCUCGACAUCAAGGUGAAGUACGGUGGCAGGGAGGUGCGAAACGGUGACGAGUUGAAGCCCAGCGAGGCAGCCGAAGCGCCAUACGUCGAGCUGGCAGGGCGACACGAGAACGGGGACCUCUACACACUCGUAAUGUCAGACCCAGAUGCGCCCAGCCCAGACAACCCCGUCGCGGCUGAGUGGCUGCACUGGCUGGUGGUGAACAUACCAGGCGCAGCAACCCUCGCACACAGCAGUGCAGGCGACUUAGUGAUGGCCUACAAGGGCCCCACCCCGCCCAUGGGCGUGCACCGCUAUGUUCUCUCCCUCUUCCGCCAGCCCCACCGCAUCACCACCGACACACCUGCUGCUCGCAAGGGCUUUAAGACCCGCCAGUUCGCACAAGAGUUUGCCCUGGGGAAGCCCGUGGCUGCCGUGUUCUUUCGCGCCAGGAAGGAGUGA